UGACGUCAGUGCGUCAGCUGGUUUAUGUUUACAUCGCAUGCAUUUUUUUCGCCGUCAAGUUAGGCGUUAUUGUGCCUGCAUCCAUAUGUAAUACAUACGUAAUUGAUGGACAUUGUCGGUUUCCACGGGACAACCGACGAGGCCCGAAUACACACGACAGUGACAGGCACACCUCAGGGCGGUUCUUAGAAGCUCUUCUGCUGUCAUCAUGGGUGGAGCCGUGAGCGCGGGUGAGGACAACGAUGAGCUGAUUGACAACCUGAAGGAGGCCCAUUACAUCCGCUCCGAUCUGGUGGAGAGGGCCUUUAGAGCCAUUGACAGAGCUGACUAUUAUCUGGAGGAGUACCGUGACAGUGCGUAUAAAGACCUGGCCUGGAGGCAUGGGAACCUCCAUCUGUCUGCUCCGUGUAUCUACUCGGAGGUGAUGGAGGCCUUGGACCUGCAGCCUGGCCUGUCUUUUCUCAAUCUGGGCAGUGGGACGGGUUACCUCAGCACCAUGGUGGGCCUUAUACUGGGUCCGUUUGGUGUGAAUCACGGUGUGGAACUGCAUGCAGAUGUGGUCGAUUAUGCAUAUCAGAAAUUUGACUACUUUAUCAAAACCAGCGACAGCUUUGACAAGUUUGAGUUCUGUGAGCCGACGUUUGUGGUGGGGAACUGUCUGGAGAUCCCUCCGGAGAGCCGGCAGUAUGACAGGGUGUACUGUGGAGCAGGAGUUCAGAAAGAGUACGAGAACUACAUGAAGAACCUGCUAAAGGUUGGCGGGAUCUUAGUUCUCCCCCUGGAGGAGAAGUUGACCAAGAUCACCCGCACAGGUCAGAGCUCCUGGGAGACCAAGAAAAUCAUCGCUGUGACCUUUGCGCCGCUCGUCCAGCCAAAGCAGAAUGUCAAUGGCAGACCUAGGAGUGUCCCUUUACCUAUUUUUGAGGUGCGGACAUUGCAGGACCUGUGCCGGAUUGCUAUUCGCCACACUCUUCGGCAGCCCAUAGCUAUGGGGGAAGGACGCACAAAGAGACGGGUGUCUUUCCCAGGGGCCCGGGCCAUGCACCGCUACGGGCCCCGCUUCGAACGCCGCCGCUUCUGCCGCCGUUUCUACCGCCAGUGCGUCAACUCCGUGGUUCUCCACGACUCCAUGAUUCCCACGGCCAUGGACGACUGCAACUACCCUGGAGGAGUGGAAGAGGAAGAAGAGGAAGAGGAGGAGGAAGAGGAAAUCGGUUGCCGCAGAGCGAGAGAAGACCUGCCCGAGGAGUAUGAGGAAGGAUGCGGCGGCACCGAAGAGGAGAAAAGCAAAGGCGGCUGCGCUCAUGCAGAACCUCCCGUUAAUAUUCUGAGGGAGAAGAUUCUAAGACUCCCGUUACCUGAACCCCUGAAGAUGUAUCUGCUGUAUUACAGGGAGAAGUGAGAUAACACAUGCGGUGUAGUGCUAAGACGAUUAGAUGUGAAGACAUGAAGCCUUUCUCUUCUUCCUCCUCCUCUUAGCUGGAUUAGCAUGACAAUUAAGUCCUCAAUGAAUGACAUCAUGAUAUCCAUAUCCCUUUGAGAAGCAAAGCUCUUUGAUUUACGAUGUACAGAGAUGGAAUUGAAGAACAGCUCAUUUCCUGAAUCGCCUGAGCUCACACAGCUCUUUUUAAUUCAGUUUUCCCUUGAUUGAGAUUAUCAAAAGUGUACGAUGCGAUACAUUGUCCCUGUGGGAAAUGCUUGUAGCUGUGAGCUCUUUUAGAGUAGCAUCACUUUGGGAUGUGGCAUAGUUUGACAUGAAGGGAUUUAGUAUUUUUUAUAGCUUUUAGGUGCGGCCACAUUUACCCUAUUUUGGUGAAAUCCAGUCAUUUCGAUAGGAAUCUGCGCGACUGGGAGUUUCGCGCAAGGAUGGAAAAGUUCCUCACACACGUUGGUCAAGCAAGUUCCCCACAACUCAGCGGAAGCUGCUUGGUUUGAAAGUGACUUCUGUGUGAGAGGUGCUUCACGCAGUUGGAAUUUCGUACGAGGUCAAAUAAGUUCCUUAAGCAGAGUUCGUGUCAAAGCUGGUCAUGCAAAUUUGCCGCGUUAACCAACAAAAAGCUGCUUGAUGAGCUGUGUUUCAUGCAUUGCUACUCUGUUGACAUUGGUCUUUCUUUGCCUGUGAAAUUUUGCUUAACCUUUACACGAGACCCUAAAUUUGAACUCUUUUCCUCGCCUCUACUAUGUUCUCCCAAUUAAUGAAAUAACGUCUGCAUGUGUAGCGCACCCACAUUUUGACCGUAUUGGAGUUUGUGGUGGUAUGAAACAUUUCACAACAUGCAAAUUUGAUUGCCAUUGUUUGUGGCAUCACAUUUGACGCGGCAACUUUAUUCCACAAUCAAAUGAAGGCAGAAAUCAUUUUUGGACCCAGUUACUAUAGAAUCUUCAUCCGUCAGAAUUAUACACAGUGAUUGACAUUUACAAAAAAUAUUGUAAAGACCGUGUUAAAAUAAAGACAAUUUUUUUAGUAAAAUUCUAUUUAUUGAUAAUUGCCAAAAAUUCAAGGUAUAUGAAGCACUUGGGUAUUUUUCAUGGAUUUCAAUCUUUGUGCUCAGAAUCUUAGGCCCUACUCAGGAAUACUUUAGGAAAAUUUUUUUUUUUUUUUUACUCAAGAACAAAAAGACCAAAAUGUUAGGACUUUUCUAUUUUUAAGUUUGAUUUUCUGUGCAGGAGCUUUUCUCCUGAAUUCUCUUUGAUGAGACCAAUGCUUAGGUAGCCCAUAAAAUCCAGGAUAUUGGAAGAAAAGUCUUUAAUCAUCUGACAUACAAGCAUAUCUACCAGGUUUUGCUUGAAACAACUGUGCGCUUGUAGGUGACAGAACCUUCAAUAAAGUUUGAAUUUGCACACUG